CUUUGUUAUCAGCAGUAAAACAAGAUGUGUAAAAGUGUUGAAAAUUAUGAUAACAAAACUAUAUAUGGGACCAAUUACUAGCAUUCACGUAUAAAUACUCAUUUGUCAGUUUUGAAUACAUUUUGAUUGAAAAACAUUAUGCAAGAAAAUGCGUGUUUUUUUAUUCGUUUAAUUUAAAUUGUUUAUAUGUCUUAGUGAACUCCUUUCCUUUUCUAUAAUUCUACGCUAAUAUUCAAGUAUUCAUUCCACUCUCAAUAUUGAAAAAAUUAUAAAAUUAUAUUUUCAUAAAGAAAUAAAAUAAAAUGGCGGAAACAGACCAAAGUCCCCCGACAGCGCCGCCACGAGGUCUCGCCGCAUUUAAGAACCAUGUUCUAGCACAUAAAAUAGAUGUCGGUCUGUGGGCGACUCGUGUAGCCACCAUAUUGUUCUCUCUGGGAUAUAUUAUUCCAGUCUUUGGUAAUCCUUACCAGUCAUACUACAAGGCUUUAAUGGCCAAUGCCGCUACUUCAGCUCUGAGACUACAUCAGCGACUACCACAGGUUCAAUUUAACCGUGAGUUCCUGUUCCAAUUCCUGCUUGAGGACUCUGCUCACUACCUGUUCUACAGUAUAAUAUUUCUAUACGCUGCACCAAUCACAAUGGUCCUAUCUCCUGUUUUCCUGUUUUCUAUUCUACAUUCAGCAUCCUACUCACUUACCCUACUAGAUACCCUAGGUCAGAACUCCUGGUGGGGUGCUAGAAUGCUGAUCAGCUUUGUAGAACUUCAAUCUAGGAAUCUUCUCAGAAUGGCGUCGUUUACUGAAAUAUUCCUAAUGCCACUAGUGAUAUUCCUCAUAAUGUCAGGACAAACCACCUUGGUGACUCCGUUCCUAUACUACCGCUUCCUUGGACUCAGAUAUAGUUCCAGAAGGAACCCCUACUGCAGGACAAUGUUCCAUGAGCUCCGGCUGGUGAUGGAGCAGUUCGCCUACAGUGCCAAGUGCCCGGGGAUGCUCAAGACAAUGAUUCACAAGGUGAUUCAAGUUGUGAGUAACCUGGCUCCAGCAACUGCUUAAAACACAGAUUCAGCCUAUAUCUAAAGUAUCUAGGGGCAGACUUACUUUUUGGAAAAUCAAUUCUGGAUAAAAUCGCUGCUAGUUAAAUUUUGAGUCAUUUUUGAUGUUAUCCAAAUAAACCAAGAGUUUUUUUUAAAUAGCUGUGUUGUAUGUCGUCUUAUAUUAUUAAAUACUCAAGUAUUUUUUAAAUAGAUGUGUUGUAUGUCGUCUUAUAUUAUUAAAUACUCAAGUAUUUUUUACUCCGCACCUUGUUCCUUAAGUGUUGGCAUUAACCGCUACAAUGUAGCACUGUAAUUAAAUUUGAUUAUUAAUGAGGGAGAUUGUUUUGUGCUGCACACAAAUUUUAGUAUUAUUUUGUUACAACUUUUUCUAUAGUUCAUUCUUUUUUGAACCCUGUGCGGGAAAUUUGUUUUGUGAUUUCGUGGAUUUAACCAUUUUCGCAACUUUGCGAAUUUUACUCUAAUGCCAGUUUGAGGAUUCCUAAAUCCAGCACAUUGGAAAAAGAUAAAUGUGAUUCGUGUUAAUUGUUGAAAGUAAAUAAUUAUUUGAUAUUUUAUCUGAUGUUUUCUUUUUUUCAGA